CUAAAUGACCAAAAAUGAACUCAACUAGAAUAGCAGGCGGAAAUUACGCGAGAUUCGGACAGUUUCCAUUCAUGGCAGUAGUAACUCCACAUUUUGGAGAGCAAUCUCCAUGCAGUGGUACGAUCAUAAAUAAAAGAUGGGUUCUUACAGCCGGUCAUUGCAUAAAAAAAUAUUUACUGCCAAUGUCUGUACCUUCAAUAUUUCGUGUAACAUUCGGCAACAUCAACAAAACUAUUGUAGACUAUUAUACCGAUCAAAACGUUGUAUCAAUGAUUACAACCCGAGCAUUUGUACAUCCGAACUACACACAGGGUCAGGUUCAUAACGACAUUGCCUUACUGGAAAUGCCGAAUGAAAUUCCCUUUUCUA